CCGGGUUGCUCGGAGACGGCAGUGCCUGUCAGUGAGGGGGAGAAGGAGGGAACACGUGUGCUCCCGGGACAGUCCGGAUAACGGGACGCAGCUAUCGGCCACUAUGCAACCUGCCCUCUACCUGGGAUCGAGCUGACUAUGCAAUGCGCCCUGGGUGCGGGCUGUAGCGGCGCUGCGGGGGGAUUGUGCUCAUACGGGGGCAUCGUGCUUACUGCCCAGUGACUGGGGCUCGGCAGCUGGCAGGGGAUUGGUGCCUGGCACAGCCUGCAGGGUGGCACUGCCCUGGGAUUCUAGCGGCACCGCAAUCCUUAGGCAUCACCCAGGGCACCCUGCGGAGCUUUCUUGGCACCCUGCGGAGCUUUCUGGGCACCUGCGGAGCAUUCAGCCCUGGGCACCCUGCGGAGCUUUCUGCGCACCCUGCGGAGCUUUCUGGGGACCCUGCGGAGCUUUCUGGGGACCCUGCGGAGCUUUCUGGGCACCUGCGGAGCAUUCAGCCCUGGGCACCCUGCGGAGCUUUCUGCGCACCCUGCGGAGCUUUCUGGGGACCCUGCGGAGCUUUCUGGGGACCCUGCGGAGCUUUCUGGGCACCUGCGGAGCAUUCAGCCCUGGUCACCCUGCGGAGCUUUCUGCGCACCCUGCGGAGCUUUCUGGGCACCUGCGGAGCUUUCUGCGCACCCUGCGGAGCAUUCAGCCCUGGGCACCCUGCGGAGCUUUCUGCGCACCCUGCGGAGCAUUGAGGAUUAUUCUCACCCCACAGAACUGGAAUCUAGGAACCCCCACCCCAGGAGCCAUUGGGGGACACCCCAGCGGAGCACCGUCCUUAUAAUCAUGGGAUGUAGGAGCCCCCCAGCACAAGUCGCCUGAUCCCGGGCCCCCCAGCACAUCAUGUGAUCCUUGUACUUUGGGUGUAUGAGACCCCGGUACCUGUGUGUGGCCCUGGAAACACGUGUGUUUGGACCCCCUGAAACCCAUUGUAUCUCUGGAUCCCGGAAGCUGCCCCCCCCCCAUCGAACUAUUGUUACCCUAGGGCCCCCCCCCAAGAGCUUUCAUUGCCCCCAGCCCCUGGAGUUAUUGGUACUGUUGUCCCCGUAUCUCAUAAACUAUAUCGGAUUUGGCCCCCCCCCCCGAGGAGCUAAACAUCCCCAGGCCCCCUGGAUCUAUAGGAGCCCUUUCACUAGGGAUCUGGGCCCCCGGCCCCCCAUGUGGAUGCUGCCCUUGGGUUCGCUGCGGGAUUUAUGCGCAUAAUAGCGGCUCGGCGUUAGUCGGCGUUACUCGGCGUUAGUCGCUCCGAGCGGCAGUGAAUGUGUCGGGAUUAAAGGGGAAGUUAGAGACGCGCUGAGCCCAUUCCCCGCUCUGCAUGCCAGCGCUGCCCUUUCCCCGGAUUAUAGGCGGCAGCCCCGCCGGUACUUACCCCUGUAGGUGUCCGGGGCAGGGGGGUUGGCACCCCAUCCCGGGGUAACUGGGUAACUGCUGUGCCGGCUCCGAGUGCCGGGGAUUCCUACUCCGGGACAUUGGAUACCCCCCCCCCCUAUUGGAUAUUUUACUUAUCAGCUGCCCCCCCCCCAGGAUGUGGCCAACAGGACCUGAGGGAAUGUGGAUCUUCCUGGGAGUAAUGACCUACCUGCAAGGUUUAGUGAUGGCGCUGCAGGUGAUCAUGGAGAAAGAGAACAUUCAGGUAGCGAGGGGUCAGUCGGCGGCUCUUUUCUGCUCCUUUACCACCAGUGCAGCCCUCACCAACCUCAACAUCAUCUGGACGGUGACUCCGCUCUCCAACGCCAACCAGCCUGAGCAGAUCAUUAUCUAUCAGGGUGGGCAAGUAUUUACUAACGCUGCCCAGUUCCAUGGGCGAGUUGGGUUUAUGCACACCAUGCCAAACACCAAUGCCUCCAUCUACAUCAACAGCACUCAGCUGUCUGACACAGGAACCUACCAGUGCAUGGUCAACAACCUUCCUGACAGGGCAAUACGAAAUAUUGGUGUUGUCGGAUUUACCGUUUUAGUGCCUCCGUCGGACCCCCGUUGCAGCAUUCAGGGUUCCCUGGAUAUCGGCAGUGACGUCACUUUGGCGUGCAGCUCGGAGGAAGGAAUCCCCAGGCCCACGUACCUCUGGGAGAAACUUGACAGCCCCCCUGGGCUCUCAUCUCUAGUAGCGCAAGACCAAUUCCAAGGGAUGGUUUUGCUGAAAAACAUAAGCACUGCAUCCUCCGGGCGCUACCAAUGUGUCUCGUCCAACCUGAUGGGGGCGAGUACCUGUCUCAUUGACCUGCAGAUAGUGGCCCCUAAGCACCAAAGUGUGAGCCUCAUUGUGGGGGCAAUAGCUGCAGGAGUGCUGGUUCUAAUCCUCUGUAUAGUCAUCGUGGCUGUGGGCUUAUUCUACUGGAGGAACAAGCACAAGGAGGAAGAGGAAGAGAUACCCAAUGAAAUUAGAGAGGACGACCUUCCUCCAAAGUGCUCAUCAACUACCAAAGUCUUUCACCCUGAUGCCUCCUUUUCCGAGCAGGACACCCUCACCUCUACCAAUACGUACAACGGGAACUACUGGAACAGUACUAAGUCCAAUUACUCUACUGGCUCAUACGUACACUACAACUGCAAUGGCUGCCGUCAGUCAACUUCUCGCUCAGUCACUGGCCCUAUUCGGUUAGCGUACGCUAACGGCGGGCAGCCACCCCCUGGUCCUCCAAAGACAUUGGUGGUGACGGCAAACACCGCCCCUUCCCCCAAGACUGGAUCUAGGAGCAACGGCACAGUAGGCAGAAAAGCCAAGCCAUCCCAAACUAGGUCUUACGCAGUGAGCCAGGCCACCCUGGAGAGAAUAGGUGCCGUGCCAGUAAUGGUCCCGGCACAAAGCAGAGCCGGUUCCUUGGUAUAGGAGGGCGUGCAACAUUCUCUAGAGAUGAAGAGAGCAUGGUUAGCAUGUGGGAUGUUAGAAACCAUCCUUGCUCUUCUGUCUUUUCAUCCGGGUGGUUAGUUAAAAAGAAAGUGCUGGGACGGACCAGUCUUUUGCUCACCAGAGAGAGAUGACAAACCCCCCCCCACCCUGGGACAUGGAUAUAACCAGGGGAAUGUGGACCGUUUUGCAGAGAUUAGAAUUCAUCCUUGCAGUGCCAAGCACAGCCGUAAGGGCUUCCAGCGCAGAAUAGCUUAUGUGCCUCCCUUGCUCCUUCCCAACACACACGGACUCAUUACCGGCUUUACUUUUGUACCACCUGCCUUGAGUAGAAAUAUACUUGUCUUCUUGGUAGAUAACGACGGUGCUAUGGAGUCCCCACUGAACACCAGCUAGCAUUAUCUCAAUGUUGUUCCAUUAGGAGAAGGUCAGCCCCCUUUUCUCACUCCAGCACUUUAGUAAGAUCCAUCUAGAGCACCAGUCAGCAGACGUCCAUUGGAGAUAACCAUAGCCAGGCAGGUACCUCUUCCUAAAGAGUUUGCGGACUGCGGCCAGAACGGAAAGUAAUUAGAAACGACAACACUUUUCAGUGAUGUAUACGCUUUAGAGAAUACGCUUUAGAGAAUGUCCAAACCCCUUGGGAGCCGGAGUUGGGGGGGUCUCGAGGCUUUGGAGACCUCUCUCCGGAAACCAACGCAUUUUACGAUGGCAGAAAGGAUGUGCAGUGAAACUCCGUAGUGCACUUUUUCCUGUAGUCUUUGAUUUAUCAAGUGGCAAUCUGUAACUGUCAGGAAUUCUACAAUCCAACUAUAGACCCACCUCCUUAUUCAUCAACUUGUAUUGGUUUCUACGUCAUUUCAACACGGGGCGCACUUAUCAAAUAAGGUAGAGGCAGUUCAUGUAAAAACUGGCCUUCAAAAUUCAAACUUUGGAGUAGUUUUUGAGAACCCUCCGUUUUUCUUUGAUAAAUGUGCCCCACCCCCCAAUGUGUUUUCGUUACAGUGUUGUCUUUAGCCCAUUGGUGUCCCAGUUGAGGAUGACGGAGCUAGCUUGAAUCUUCAACUUAAAUGCCUUGAUUCCCCCUUAUCCUUCCCAUCAUGAAAUCAAACACUGGAAACUCCUAUUUCCAAGCGAUGUGGCCUUGGUGAAUUGUUCAGUUCCCCAACCAGUUUGGUGAUGCAAUAAAUCAUUCAUUGAGUAAAAUUUAUUUUCAAGGGGAACUUGCUCAAGCUAAAACAAAAGAAUAUUUUCUAUUGGUAAACACUCAGAAGGACUAUGCAUUUCCUUUCUAGAAAAAAAAAGCCAUACUAACAGGAUUGCUGGCAGGUCAAUCUCCAUGUCUAGCUCCAUUGAAUUUCCAUUUGUGAAGACUGAGCUCUUUGGAUGAAGACGAUCAAUGUUCUGAUGAACUUGAGGGACUGUCAACAUUCCUUCGGUCAUUUUACCAAACAUUCUUGAACCAGUUUCCCUUAGAAAUGGUUUGAUGAUGUUGUAACAUUGGUACAGAGCUGAACAAAUGUCAUUAUUAUAUAGACAAACUGUAUAGUAGCUCUUGAUCAGUUGCUCUAUAUUAGAAGAACUGUGGUUCUAUUACACACUGACUGUCAACCUCAAGGACUCAAGACCUUAAAGAGGAUUUAAAAAAAAUCAUCUCCAUGUCAUCCCUGAACCUAAUUUCCAGGGAAUUUCCACUUAAGUAUCAACAAAAUUGAGGCAUGGUCAAACCACUGUACUUUCAGUGAUGGCUCUUCUUUAGAUACUGAAGAAGGGCGUCAAGCCUGGAAGUUCAAGUUGAUGUUCCUCCAAAACAAAUGGGACGAUGGAGAUUUUUUUUUUUUCAAAUCAUGUUACUUUUUGAGGCAUAAUACUCAAUUAAGGCAGCAUUUUUUCAACUUUCAAGGCCGUGGGGCUCAAACAUCCCUUAUUUUUAGCCUCAGCCCUUUAGCUAAGGCUAAAGGGCUCAAACAGUGACUGGGCUCAUGCUUUAUAUUGAAAUUUGAAGGUCAGUGCUUAUUGGCCUGAAUAAUACUUGAACUAUAGCAAACCUAGGAUAGUUGGAAACUUAGUGGGUUUGGACACUAAAGGGAUGCUUGAACCCAAAAGGUCUGAAGACCCCUGCCUUAAUGUAAGUAUAGGCAAGUCAGCAAUAUCUUAUGAAGGCCAGUCUUGUAGCCUGGAUUUGGACUUCGAACAAGUAUUUUUAAUACUCAAAAAUAGGUUUUUUGUCUCCAUACCCAACAAGCAACUUGCUACAUCUUCCCAACACAACGUCCCGUCAGUGGAUCGGUAAAAGAACCUCAGAGCCCAACGCUGCUAGACUUUUUUUCUAACCUACGUUACCUAAGUCCACUUGUGCACUCAGGGUUAUGGAUAUCUGUGCUUUUCAACACAGAGAUAGAACAUAUUAAUUGACCACUGAAUACUUCUGGCUAGCUAGACUCUUAGUAGAUCAUGGAAGGAGAAAUUUUAAGCUAAUGGUCCUAAUUGCUUUAUAGAUGGAUCUCAAAAUGACUUCUUUAUAAAUUAAAGAACCUGAUGGAUCUGGCUACAUUGAUGCAUUUGGUGCCAGAUGCUUCAGCCUGUAGGUGGAGCUGUUUUCAGAACAUCGUGGCAAAAAAAGCAAUGCAUUAUUAAUUGGCAAUGAACAAAAGUGUAUUGAGAAACUGUAGCAACCCCCCUAUCUUGCAUUUUGCCUUCACCCUAGAAAAUAUGCAUUUUGGUUAUGUAGAAGAAUGUCUGAUUAAUACCAGAGGUGCAUAUUACUCUUGUAAUGACUUGAAUACCGAAGCUAAUUCUUUGCAGCAAGGCUUUCGCCAGCAUUCACAGUUAAAAAUAUAAAGCCACCCGAAGAGGUGGAAGCGCUUCCGCGGAUAUGACUUUGCAUGGUAGCAUACUAUUAAAUGAAUGGAUACAAACUAUUGUUAUGGGGAACUGGGUUUAGACUUAUUUCGUGUACUUAUGAUAUUUGAGGUCCCUCAGCUGGAUUUGUUGCACUGAUGUCUCUUGUAGGACACAGAGAUGACCAUGUAUUGACUCUAAGAUCAUUUGCUGUUCAAGCAGUUGAGAUGGAGUUGACUAUAGUUCUGGGGGGGGCCUCAGGCUAAACAGGGUUUGUUGGGGGCUGCUAUCUUUGUAAAGUAGGUUUCACCAGUUCUGGGCCCACCAGCAAUAAAAGCACUCCCAACAGCUAUUGGGCCAGUGGUUGGGUAAAACUACAAUGUGUUACUAGUCUUACUGUUCCCACGUGGUCCUCAGCUCUUGUCCAACUGUUGCCAUUCUGCCUGGCCAUCUCAGUUUUGCCCUACUCUUUCUUGUACUGCUGUCGCCAACUUGCCUUAACUUUUUCUAUCUUGCCCUUCUGUUGCAGUCUUGCUCUGUUAUACAUCAGCCAUCCUACCAACAACUUCUGCUCUGUAGGGCUACUUUAAAGCAAUCAUUUGAUUUUCAUGUAUAUAACACUCUUCUCCAUGACAGGCUCACUAAGUAGGCUGGGACACCAGGAGAUUAAGUGACUUGUCCAGGGACAGAAAGAGUUGCCCUAGAGAAUUAAACCAGGGUCUCUAACAUGAGAUCCCACAUCAAAGGCUGAUCACCUAACCUAGGCCAAAUUCUCCUCCACAUUAUGUCUCCUUAGCUCCGACUUGAGAGUUUCAGGGAUUUGCUCAGCUCUCAAAUCAUUAAGGUUGAGGAGAACACCUCAUACAGAUACAAAUAAACAAAAGGAAUUCUGGGAAUGAAUUCCA